UCUCUCUCUCUCUCUCUCUCUCUCUCUCUCUCGUCUCACUCACUCACUCGCUCGCUCGCUCGCUCGCGUGUUCUGUGUUCCCCGCUCUCCUCAUCCUCUUUCUCUCUCUCUCUCUCUCUCUCUCUCUCUCUCUCUCUCUCUCUUUCGCAACUCGCGGACUCUCUGCUGUUACCUGUGCAGCUCAACCCUUACACUCAGCCGCGAGCCAGCCGACCAAGCAGCCACUCGCCGAGCAGCAGCGGCAGCAGCAGCAAAAAACAAACCAUCUUAAUACCGGCAGCACUUACCACCGUCGCGAGCCGUCCGGCCGGCAUAAAAGCGCCACCAAGCAGCCAGUACAAAACACCCAUUAGUCACAAGUGUGUGUGGUGAGUGCGAGUGCCCGCCGCCGUCGCCGCCGCAGCCGCGACCGCCGAGCCAGAGCCCCGCAGAAAUCCGCGAAAGAUGAUGGCCGCACCCGCGGUGGCCUCCGCACUGGCCGUGCUCGUGGCUCUGCUGGCGCUGAGUCUACAAGGCUACGAGUCCUCAGCUCACCGGAUGGUCGGCUCGUCGGCCGCCGGCGUCGCCACCGACCUGGCCAAGCGGCACUCAUCGGCGCCUCCAUACCCGCUGUCCAGCGGGCAUAGCAGCCACGUGCACGCAGACACCGAGAGCAAAAUCGAGUGGUCCAGCAGCAGCGACCAGGCCGCCGACGACGAGGACGACGACACGUCCACCAAAUUCACCACCGGGCACACGGUGCUCGAGCAGCCACCUCUGCAGAAGUUGGUAAACUGCUCCGUCUGUAAGUACCACGAGAACGUCCGCAUCCAGAGCAUCAAGAGGGAGAUCCUGGACAAACUGGGCAUGGAGCAGGCGCCCAACACCACCCUGCCCAUCUCCAUCAAGAGGUCGCUCGAGAAGAGCAUCCUCUUCGACUAUCUCAACAUGCAGCAGGACACCGGCACCUCCAACUACGACGAGCAGGCCAAAACCCUCAUGGGCGUCAUCAUCGGGAAGCCGAGAAAGCUUCGGCACAGCGGUAUCCCUGAGGUUUACAUCUACCACUUCCAGCCGUCGAAAGUAUUCAUGCGCAAGAUGGUGGAGAACGCAUCACUCUUCAUGUACUUGCCCAAAGUGGACGGAAAGAUCCGGCUGGUCAUCUUCAAGGUUGUAGGCAACGAGAGUGAGCACCAGUCGCUGUCCAUACAGAAGGACGCCGGCACCAUGCUGGAACCACACACGAACGACAAGUGGGUGGUGCUGAACGUGCGGCGGCUGGUGCAGGAGUGGUUCGACAAGCCCGAGAGUAACCUUGGCAUCGUCAUCAAGGUCGAGGACGAGAGGGGGAAAGAAUACACCAGGACCUACGCCAGCAUCCCCGACAAGAACACUGGACAACCACUGGAUCCUUUCAUCGAAUUUAGCAUUGCGGACAGCUAUAGCCGGAGCAAGAGGGAGACCGUCGGCUUCGACUGCGAUGAGUCGUCGUCGCAAAAGAAGUGCUGCCGUUACCCGCUGGUAGUGGACUUCAGUGAGUUUGGUUGGGACUUCAUUAUCGCGCCCAAGAGGUUCAACACCUUCUACUGCUCUGGAGAAUGUGUUCCCUUUUUCCUGGAGGAAAACUUGCACACGCAAGUCAUGCACCGCGCAGACACCGGCGGAAAAUACGUUCCGUGCUGCGCGGCCCGAAAACUAUCUUCUAUGACUCUGAUCUACUACGACGGUAACAUUGUUUAUGUGAGCACUCUGCCCAAUAUGAGAGUUGAAUAUUGUGGUUGCUUCUAGAGAAAAUUAUAUAUUUCUGUGAGAGUGACAGCGACUUUUGUAUUUUCCGCGCGAAUCGACAAAAAUCGGAGGUAAUAAUUGGAAUUUGUACUGGGCUAUAAUACGAGAUUCCCCCUCUUUAUAUGCGAGUUGUGUGUCGGUUUAUUAUACUUUUUUUCGUCCUCUUGGAUAUAUUUGAAAUUCGCCAACGUUGGCCAUGCACAACGCGCACGCUUUCGCCCCGCAAUUUUGGCGAAAGUGUGCUGUUUCUGGGGGUAAAAUGCUAAGUUUGGUGGCCUCCAUUGGCAAUUGUUGAACUCUUUGAUGCCAUCGUUAAAUGAGACCUCUCAGUUCAAUAAAAAAUUGCUCAAAUUUGUUCCUUCGCAAAAAUCUGACGCUUCUCUUCUGAGGGAGGUGACGCAUUUUCUCAAAAAAAUAAACAAACAAUUAAAAGUAUAAGCUGUUGGUUUGCAUCGGGUUUUGGCACCAAGUGUUCCCCAAUUGGCCCAAAGUUACAUAUAAUAACUGCUUUGCCACCAGGGGCCACCGAUCGCAGGCAUAGAAAAAUAAUCGGUCAGGGGUCGAAGAGACGCGCGCCUGACACCAAAUCAUAUCUCAUUCAAACAGAUCUCUUUCUCCCUUUUUGCGUGUCCCCCUGAGAGAAUUGGAAUGCAAAUUAAAGCAGCACUAGAACAUCAUUUUUGGCAGUGCCGAUCGAUUUCCGAUACGGCCGAAUUAUUCCGACACGACAUGCCGAAAGUCGAGGGAAACUUGGUGACUUUGGUUCUGCAAUUAGCCACAAGAACCAACCAGAGAAGGGAAUUAUUCCCUGAUUGGCUAUUAGAUCGAGACAGCAGCGCCACAAUGACAAGUCUGGCUGCUGGCUUGACGCAUGUCACUUUACUCGCUUAUUUUGACGCUGCUGUCUGGAUUUAAGAGUCAAUAAGAGAACCACUCCCUUCCCUGCUUGGUCGUUGGCGUUCUUGCUGCUACUUUAAACACAGAGACAUACGCGAACUGUCGUAUUUUUGCUGUAAUGGAAACAUAUAUAAAAUUGUGGAGAGUCAAAAAGGUUUAUGUAUUUGAAGCACAUGGUAUGAUAUUAUAUGCGUAGGAACUUUAACUCUCUUCCUUUCCUCGCCACCUUUCCCUUUCGUUUGCAGCCAGGAAAGAGCUGUGUUCCUGGUAAUAUAAUAGUAAAAAGCCGCGAUCGGCAGGAGUGGGGGUAGUUUUUCCCCUGCCACUACCACUGUCGCUGCAGGUUGUCUCUGUUCCCUUCAGAUGUGCUACCACACUUUCCAGACUCUUUAUCAUUCUCUCUCUCUCUCUCUCUCUCUCUCUCUCUCUCUCUCUCUCUCUCUCUCUCUCUUUCUGUUUUAGAAUAAAUAGCAAUCCUAUUGUCAUAUUAGUACUAAUAAUAUUAAAAUGUAACGUGUACGGUACGGAUAUGAAAUGGGACUUUCCGCGAGCUCUUCUUGUCAAUGACGGACUGCCGUGUCGAACAGUUUGGAAAAACAAUUAAAAGCUUGACGCGCAACCGGUCUUCUCAUCCCUCAUCUUGCACUCAAAAAUGAUAUUAACUCAUCAGUGGAUCAUAAAUUUAAGAUAUUGGAGGGUGAGUGUUUAGGGAAGGCUGGUGAAAAGAACAAAUUCCGAGCUUUUGAUCAAACCAUUUGAUCAAAUCACUUUGAUCUUGUUGGCGUAUGCGAUGAUGUUUGUUUCUCGAUUACUGUGGAUAUUGUACGGAUUCCCGAAACCUGCCCUUCAAACUGUGUAUUAAUUUAGUUCAGAUGAAAAAGUGUACAAAGAUUUUAAUGGUUUACUUAAUAAAGGGGACAUAAAA